AUGGGCACGACUAAGCCUCGCCCCUCCGGGAGAAACUCCAUCGCGAAAGCGCCAUCGCUACCGAGCAAGACUUUCGUCAUCGACAAUGGGGCACAUACGAUGAAAGCGGGAUAUGCGCCCGACUCUGUCCCCUCAGACGAUGGAUCACAACUCCUCUCAACAUGCGCUACGAUACCGAACGCGCUCACGAAAACACGGAACAAUCGUGUUUACAUCGGCUCGCAGCUCCACACCCACGUCAAGGAUUGGAACGAGUUGAUGUUUCGACGCCCGGUCGAGAAGGGAUACAUCGUCAACUGGGAGGCGGAGAAGGAGAUAUGGGAGCAUUCGUUCUUUGACGAGAAGACGGCGCGCAAAGAUCUUCGCAUUGCGAGCCCGGAGGAGACGACACUGGUCCUGACGGAAGCCCCCAACGCGUUGCCGAUAUUGCAAAAGAAUGCCGAUGAGAUUGUAAUGGAGGAAUGGGGGUUUGGCGGCUACUUCAGAACUAUAGGCCCCUCGUUGAAUGCAUGGAAUGAAAUCCAGUCUCUGUUCGGAGAUCCCCUGGUACAGAACCCGGACGGCCCCAUCUCACCAGCGGAAUGUCUCCUCGUCGUUGAUUCCGGCUUUUCUCACACCACGGUGACCCCUGUCUACAAAGGCCGACCUCUUCAACGUGGCAUCCGUCGACUGGACCUCGGUGGGAAACAUCUUACAAACUACCUGAAGGAGAUGGUAUCGAUGCGGCAGUACAACAUGGUGGAUGAGACAUAUAUCAUGAACGACGUCAAGGAAGCGGUCUGCUUCGUGAGCAAUAAUUUCCCCGGUGAAAUGGAACAAGCGUGGAAAGGAAAUCGGAAGCGUAGUCAACCCGACCCCAGCGAGGGUGUCGUUGUGGACUAUGUUCUCCCCGAUCCCAAUGCCGGCGUCAAGGGGUUUAUGCGACCCCAUGAUCCCCUCCUGAACCUCAAAAAGAGAAAGAGCACAUUGUCUGGCUCGGAAACGGCGCUGUUAUCGGAAGAUGUUUUGGUUCUGGGCAAUGAGCGCUUCACCGUUCCGGAAAUCCUGUUCACGCCGGGCGAUAUCGGUAUGAAACAGGCUGGGAUUCCGGAUAUGAUUCUGCAAAGCCUGUCUGUGUUACCUACCGGACUGCACCCCGCCUUCCUGGCCAAUGUGCUGGUUGUUGGCGGAAAUGCCUUGCUGCCAGGAUUCAUGGAUCGCCUGGAAACCGAGUUACGUCAGACCGCAUCCACAGAGUGCGUGGUGAGAGUUCGGCGUCCUCAAGAUCCGAUCCGGUUCGCAUGGCUCGGAGGUGCACGGUUUGCGACUAACAAGGAGGAACUGAAGAGAGUCGCUAUUACUCGCCAAGAGUACCAAGAAAAUGGCUCUUCCUGGGCCGGUAGGAAAUUCUCCGGCGCCUUGUAA